AUGUGUUUGCCAUUGGCUACAGCCUCUGACAGUCUUCUCUCUCCCAAGGGUGUCAACUAUGAAGUGGCUGCAUUGAUGUCAGUGAAGAGAGAGAUGAAGGAUGAGCUGCGAGUGAUGGAGGGAUGGGACAUAAACUCCGUUGAUCCAUGCACUUGGAACAUGGUCGGUUGCUCCGUUGAGGGCUUUGUAAUCUCCCUUGAAAUGGCCAGCACGGGUUUAUCGGGAAUGCUUUCGCCGAGUAUCGGGAACUUGAGUCACCUUCGUACACUGUUGUUACAAAACAAUCAGUUAUCUGGUCCUAUCCCGAUGGAGAUUGGGAAACUCUCAGAGCUUCAAACUCUUGACCUUUCGGGUAACCAGUUUUCUGGAAACAUUCCAAGUUCUUUGGGGUUUCUGACUCACCUAAGUUACUUGAGGCUUAGUAGAAAUAAAUUGGGCGGUCAAAUUCCUAGACUUGUUGCCGAUCUCACAGGUCUUUCAUUCUUAGAUUUGUCAUUUAAUAAUCUUAGUGGUCCUACUCCAAAAAUACAGGCAAAAGGGUACAGCGUUACAGGGAACAGCUUUCUUUGUAAUCCUUCAUCAGCAGACUCAGCACAAAUCUGCUUUGGUGUCUUCAAACCAGUACAUGAGACAGGCUCAUCAAAGAAAGCCAGCGGUCACCACCGAUGGGUGCUUUCUGUUGCUAUAGGCAUUAGUUGCACAUUUGUCAUUUCUGUGAUGCUACUUGCUUUUUGGGUGCAUUGGUACAGAUCUCGUCUUCUCUUUACAUCUUAUGUGCAGCAAGAUUAUGAAUUUGAUAUUAGUCAUCUGAAGCGGUUCACCUAUCGGGAAUUGCAAAUUGCUACCAGCAAUUUUAGUUCCAAAAACAUCCUAGGACAAGGUGGAUAUGGAGUCGUUUAUAGAGGAUGUCUUCCAAAUAGGACAAUGGUGGCAGUUAAGAGGCUGAGAGAUCCGAAUUUCACUGGAGAAGUGCAGUUUCAAACUGAAGUUGAAAUGAUUGGCUUGGCUUUGCACAGAAACCUUUUACGUUUAUAUGGCUUUUGUAUGACUCCGAAUGAGAGGUUGCUUGUUUAUCCUUUUAUGCCAAAUGGGAGUGUUGCUGACCGUUUGAGAGAGACCGGUCGAGAAAAACCGUCAUUGGAUUGGAAUAGAAGACUCUGUAUAGCCCUUGGGGCUGCCCGAGGACUAGUAUACUUGCAUGAACAGUGUAAUCCAAAAAUUAUUCACAGGGAUGUCAAAGCGGCAAACAUUUUACUUGACGAAAGUUAUGAAGCUAUAGUUGGGGACUUUGGUCUUGCUAAGCUGUUAGAUCGGAGGGAAUCACAUGUCACUACUGCAGUGCGGGGCACUGUGGGACACAUAGCACCAGAGUAUCUUUCGACCGGACAGUCUUCUGAAAAAACUGAUGUUUUUGGAUUUGGAAUACUGCUUCUGGAACUCAUAACCGGGCAAAAGGCAUUAGAUGCUGGAAAUGGUCAAGUUCAGAAGGGAAUGAUUCUUGAUUGGGUUAGAACCCUACAUGAGGAGAAGAGGUUGGAGGUGCUAGUAGACAGAGAUCUUAAAGGAUGUUUCGAUGCAAUAGAGCUGGAACAAUGUGUCGAGUUGGCUCUACAAUGUACUCAGUCAAGUCCCAUCCUCCGGCCAAAGAUGUCAGAGGUCUUGAAGAUUUUGGAAGGCUUAGUUGGGCAAUCAGGACAUACAGAGGCAUCACAAGGAGGAAACAACAUUUUUGACGCCAGGGCUUGUGAUUUCUCCAGGAAUUGCAGUGAUGUGCAUCAAGAGUCUUCUUUCAUCAUUGAAGCUAUGGAGCUUUCGGGACCUCGGUGA